AUGGACAUCGACGAGGGUCCAGUCAUCGUAGAGGCUGCCAGAUUUGCUACCAUGGAUCGUUGUCGAACAGGCUACAUUCCGGAUAGCCAUACUACUGAAGUCCUGCUCGCACAUGCCUUACGUCUAGACGAUCUUGACUCAAAGAUCAAUGCUCAAAUAGCAGCACCGCAGGCGCGUCUCGGUGCGAUCCGCCGGCAGUCAGCUAUCACAAAGUCUCUGUUGGCACCCGUCCGGCGCCUACCACAGGAAAUCCUAUCUGAUAUCUUCCUGCUUGCUUUGCCUACGGACUAUCAUCAUCACCCCGCUGGCCGCACCCCGCUCAAUAUAGCUGAGGUGUGCUAUACGUGGCGCGAAACAGCCUUGGGGACGGCGGCGCUCUGGGCGAAUCUCAAUAUCCGGCCCAGCAGUGCUCAGGAAGCCCUGCAGUGGGUGGACGUCGCGAACCGCUACCUUUUCAGGUCGAGGCAGGUUUCCCUGCGCAUAUCCAUCGACGCGUCCAACUUUGACCGCGAGAUUGGCAAAGCGGCGGAGGAUACAAAUAUUUGGUCAUACAUUGCGAGUCAAACCCACAGGUUGCACUCACUUUCUCUGUCCAGGGUUCCUAUCGGGCAGUACUCUGUCUUUGAAGACAAACAUUUUCCCCUCCUUCGCAAGCUCAUGCUCAGCUUCAGAGCUCCCAGAGCAGACAACUGGGAAUCUAUCUUAGCGGGUCCUCUUCCCUUUCAUACGUUCAAGCAUGCACCUCACGUACAGACGCUUCACCUCUGGUAUUGUGCGGAGCCGUCGAACCUUGUCCUUCCUUCCUCGUGGAGGAUCACUCGCCUCAAAAUUGUCUGCGGUGAUUCAAUAGGGGCAUUCCAGCCCGACAUCGCGCCCUGCGUCCAGGCAGUGCUUUCCCGUGCACCCUCUCUGGAGCAUUGCACUCUCGAGGCGGACAUCUUCGAUGAUGUUGCAGUUAUGCUCAGCCAGCAGCAGCGCACCUUUUUUCCUGCUUUGAAACGGCUUCACCUCUCGCGAGCAGCUAUCCACUUUUGUCACUUCAUCAGCGCUCCCGAGAUCGAGAGUGUCGUGCUCACUGGGAAAUAUCAUGACGACGAUGGUGUACUGUUUUCCGCGUUUACCGAGAUGGUGCAGCACUCCUCGUUCUGCGCGCGUUUGCAGAGGCUCGACCUGCGCAUGUUUCCCGACAUCGGCGACGACAUCGACGACUGCCUCAUGCUUCUUCCUUCCAUCACGACGCUCGCACUGCGUAACCCAGCGUACUACAUUCCAGAGACGGACGCUGUGGUGAUAUCGGAAGGCAUCCUGCAGCUUCUUACGCGAGACGAAGCGGACGCGGACAGCCUGCGCCUGCUCCCUCACCUCUCGCGCCUACGCCUGCAAUUCGGCUCUUCCCCCGAUUUCCAUGUAGAUCUUACGGAUGUGGACAGUGCACUAUGGCUGAUGGCGCGGUCACGUAGCAAGAAGGGGCUCAUGCUCGAUGGCAGUGAACUGGCUGUCUUGCAGGUGCAGGUUGAUGCACAGUGUUAUCUGCCACCCGCGGGAAUCGUGCAGUCGGGACAGUACCCGGACUGUAUCCACUAUGACGAGGGCCUUGACCCAAAGGUGCGCCAUACGGAAUGGGAUUCAGAGGAAAUCGACAGUGAUUAG